UAACAUUGUUUGAUGAUAUAGAGAUAAUAGUGAAUAUUUUUGUUCCUUCUCCCCAAUGUUGGUUUCACAGCUGUAAUGGCAUGCUUAGACAUGUACAACUCCGACCACAAGUCCCUCCACCACCGUGCUCCGGCCAGCCCUCGAAUCUCCUUCUCAAGCGACUUCGUGGACAUCCAGCAGUCCCUCAAACGCCAAGAGCAACGCUCCUGUGCUGCCCCGUGCCCCGUCUCCUCCUCUGAUUUCGAAUUCUCCGUCUCCAACUACUCCAUGAUGACAGCCGACGAACUCUUCUUCGAGGGCCGCCUUCUCCCCUUCAAGGACUCCCACAGGGCUGCCACUACUCUUAGAGAUGAACUUCUGGUCGAGGAGGAGGAAGAUGAGGAGGAGAACGAUGUUUCCCAGCGCCCUUCGAGGGGCAGCUGGAAGGGGUUUCUAGGCUUGAAAAAGUCCGAGAAUGCCUCCAAGAAAGUGUCCAGUGGCAAAAGGUCGUUGGGUUGGUCCGCCUCACCUAGAACCAACGCAAACUCGUCCCAGGUACAAAACGGAGGAGGAUCGAGUUGCAAAGACGUGGAGAUUGAGCUCUAGAGAAAGGGAGAAGCUUAGUUUUUUUUUUUUAAUAAAUAAAU